GCCCCCGCGGGGCGCCGCCUUCCCUGCUGUGCCGCGACUGGGAAACAGACUGCCCUUUGAUGCAGCCAGUGAAUCUGACCGCGCCCAUGGGUCCCUAAAGUCUGAAUCAGACAUUUUGCAGAACACACUACCUGAAAAUGAGAAAUUCUAUUUUGAUUUGUCCAGAAUUAUUGAUAGAAAUGCAAGGCAUGCUGAUGGAAUUUUCACCACUGUCUACAGCCAUCUUUUGGCUAAACUUGCUGUGAAGAGAUAUCUGCAUUCGCUUAUUAGAAAACGAGUUAGCUCCCAGGACAGUCCUGUCAAACGCCACUCUGAUGCUGUCUUCACUGACAAUUACAGCCGCUUUCGAAAGCAAAUGGCUGUGAAGAAAUACUUAAACUCAGUUUUAACUGGAAAACGAAGCCAGGAAGAGUUAAAUCCAGCCAAACUUCGAGAUGAAGCAGAAAUUCUUGAACCUUCCUUUUCAGAAAACUAUGAUGAUGUUUCUGUAGAUGAACUGCUGAGCCACCUCCCAUUGGACCUCUGAAGGACACCUAGAAAACUCUUCAACAAGAACAAGUUAUUUUUGAGUUCCACAUAGUAUUUCAAAGAGAUGACUUUAGUCAUCAAAUCUGAACAAAUAUGUUGUGAAGUGAAAGUUGUGAUAUAUUUAUUUCUUAUGUAAUAAAAGUUGAUAUUUACAUUGUAAAUACUGUUCUAGAGUUCUCUACUGAAAGCUGUACAUAUGGAUGCCAGUUAAACAAAUGAGAAGUCUGUAAGUCCAUAUGCUGUAAAUCCUUUACUUCAAUAAAUUCAUUUGAAAAUGAG